AUGUGUGACAUUGGUGAUGAUGGUGAACGAAUACCACUGCGAUUAUUGCCAUGGAAUAAAGUCACCGGACUUUCUUUCGAUCGCAAGAAACUCACCAUCGUUGGUGCCGAUACAACGAAAUGUGCCUCUAUGCGCAGACCGAAAGCAAAGCCAGGUAUCUGCUGGAACUGUGUCCAGCCGUGCAUCAGACAUUGUUGUUUCUCUCGCACCAAAAUUAUAAAAUCGCUCCUUUUCCGCAGUUAUUCCACAAGAAAAGCGUUGAUCGAGUCUCGACUUCGUCAAAUACCACCACAGCUCCGGGAGAGCAUGAAACAGCGACUCCUUGAAAACGACUCAUUGAGAAGCUCUGGUGACCGAGGUCAAAGAUCGGUAUCGUCGAAGCAAAGAGUCCGCAUCAAGUUGGAUUCAAAUUUGAAUCUGAAAAUUGAGAAAAUGACAUCCGUCAAGAGCGUGCCGCUAGUCAGUCCAGCAAAACAAGUGACUCAUGUGACCAUACUGACCAAAGACAUCCACCAUCAACGGGAUCAGAUCCAGGCGAUAAUCACGAGCAGAAUAUCCACCACGCCGUCGAUUCUACCAAUGUCAUCCGAUCUGGUUAUUUUGGAAGCAUAUGGGAUACCUUAUCAGGGUGAGCUGCAGUACUCAUCUUCUGGCGGUUCUCGAAGCGAUUCCGUGCAACAUUCGAACGAAAUGCUUCCGGAGAGUAUGCUCCACAGUUAUCACUGCGACCAGGGUUGCGCUCAUUCCGAUGAUGCUGACUCAACGCUGCGCUCAUGUCUACCACAGCAAUCAUCGAUAUCGCUUCAUGACCUGCGUACAGCUGACGUAUAUAGAAUGAAACCACCACCUGGCUACAUCGAUGAGAGGAAUAUAUCGUCGGAUAAUGAAUCAAACCUCAUUACUGCUCCAGCGUUGAGAUGGUGUGCUGCGGACCAGCAAAUACAGAGAUUAGGCGCUUCUGGACAAGCAAGAAGCGAGCCGACAAUCGAUUCUGAUGAGAGUUUCCAACUUCCCUUAAAGCAUUUUUCGGGCCCUGGAGGGUGCGCUUAA